CUUCAACCGACUUCCUCAACUCAAUAACAUUCUUGCUUCUUCGCAUUGGAGUUGAUGGCUACGAAAUCCUAGUUUGAUUUUUCACGGCAUUGGUAAUUUUAUCUACAUUAAAAAGUCCUUAUAAUAUCCCUCGAGCUGUCGGGCUCGCGACGCGAAAAAAACCAUGGUGCACGCUGGAGUGGGUGGACUGGAUACUCCACGAACAAAUCUGGGAGAUGCAACGUACCUGGGGAAUGGAAAGGACUUCGACUUCGAUAUCUCGCAAGAACCAUCGUUCCAGUCGCCUUCGAAGGACAACAAUAACCUCGUCAACCAGAUGCAAAAAGGUGGACGCGGCGCUAUCAGAACACCUCGGAGUCGCACUGCCCUUACAGACCGACGAAAUCUUCCCGCAGGACUCGGAGGAGGAGAGUUCACACCGUUGCUGAAAAACGCCACCAGAAACAGUGCCUUGCGAAACGGGAAAGAGAACUCGAUACAUACGCCAGGGUUUUUGAGAGGAGAUGGGCUGGACAAUAUACCUGAACUGAGUGUGCUACCAGCUUUGAACAGCUCAGUAUAUGGGGGAUCACGAAUGGGAGAUUCAUACAUGGCCGCCACACCCGGACCUCAACUUGACGACAGCAGUAAUGCGUCAACUCCAAUGGCAUUAUUACCCCGGCGCAAUGAAGGUCCAGGAGUUUUGCAGGACGGAAAUCAGCUGUCCUUACGGGAACAAGAAAACGUUAUAGACAAGAUCGAGAAGGAAAACUUUGGGCUGAAGCUAAAAAUCCACUUUUUGGAGGAAGCUCUGCGAAAAGCCGGCCCCGGUUUCAGUGAAGCUGCCUUGAAGGAGAAUACGGAACUCAAGGUGGACAAAGUCACAAUGCAAAAGGAAUUGCUUCGAUACCGAAAGACAUUGGGCGCCGCUGAACGCGAUGUAGAAGUUUUUCGACAACAGGUCUCUGAAAUGCACGACAAAAUGAAGCAGAAACAUGCCAGCGAGGGCCAGAAAGAGGGAUUGAAUCGACUUCGUCGUGCCUUGGAGGUAAGUGAAGCAGAAGUUGACCGGCUGAAGCUCCAAGCAGGUGAGUUUGAAGACUUGAAAGACAACAUCGGGGAUUUGGAAGCGGAAGUUCGGGAGAAGACUCGUGUAAUCGAGGAUCGUGAAGAUGAGGUGGAAAACUUGAAGGACGAAGUAGAGAAGCAUCUUGAGAGUAUUGCUACCCUGAAGCAAUCUGUCAAGCAGGAGCAGCGUCGAAACAUCGAACUUGAGGAGAAGAUUCAAGCCAAUGACGAACUUGAGGAAGCAAAGGAAACAAUCGAAGAAUUGGAGCGUGACCUGAGACGUGUGAAAGAUGAGUUGGAUGAGGUGAAGGAGGACCGCCAGGAAGCAGUGAAGGAAAGAGAACGUGCACAGAACGAUCUUGAAGAGCUUCAAGAGGAGAUGGCCAAUAAAUCGAUUACCACCAAGGGUCUUAGCCGUCAAGUCGAAGAGAAAGCCAACCGGUUACAAGAUGAAAUCGAGGUUCUCCGUGACAAAUACGACACUCUCGAGGAAGACUAUGGAGAGAAGGAGACCGAGUGCGAGAAGCUCGAAAGGAAAAUUAAGGACCUGAAAGAGCAAAGUGAAUCCCGCGAGCAAGAACUCCAGAACAGCCUAACUUUGGUCAAAAAUGAAACUCAGAAUGCUUCUAAGCAACAGGAAAUCCUUUCCCAGCAACUCGAAGCUACCCGUAGCGAACUCCAGCAGAAAUCCGAAGCCAAGGAUCUUCUGCAAACACGGUACGAUGCUCUCACCCAAGAAUCGGGGGGUCUUCAGAAAGAACUCGCCAAAGCACGAGAAUCUAUUGAGGACCUCGAAGAUAAACUCGAGCACGAAAAGACUGUAGCUCUUAACAACGAGCGAGAAGUCCGAGAUCAAUAUAAGGAUGAGAUCAAUCGACUCAAUGAUGAGAUUGAAGAUUUACGUGCUAAGGUUCGAGAAAUGGAACGACUCUAUGACAACGACAGCGACAAAUGGGACAGUGAAAAGCGAACCCUAGAAUCGCAAAGAGACGCUGCUGAGGACAAGGCCGAUAAUUUGCAACGGACUAUUGACAAACUUCAAGUGACUGAGGGCAGCCUUUCUAGCAAGGAGUCCAGACUGAAGGAAGCCCUCGAAGCAGAGAAAGACCGACACGCAAUCCAGGAAUCAGUACUCAAGCGCCAAAUUGAGGAGCUCAACGACGAUAUAGCCAACCGACGUAAAUCCCUCGAGGAAGCGAAGUCCGAAUUAAUGAGCACACGCGAGGAACUGCGACUUAGCCAAAGAGAGCAGAAGAGUUUAUUGGAAAAGGUUGAGGGCUUGGAAGAUGAGGUAGAGAUUUUACAAUCAAGCCUCGACGACGACACUCAAGCCAACGAUGAACUGAUCGCCGCAAAGCACGAAGCCGAAAGUCUUAGAAGGCAGAUUCAGACUUUGAAACAAGAUGUAUCAAAAGCCGAAGCUCUUGCUGACUCUGCUCGUGCUCAGCUUGAAGCAUUUCAAGAUGAUGUCGAGGCCGGAAAUGGCAACAAUGAAAAGUUGAUAUCCACUAUUAGAGAUGCCCAGGCCCAGCUUGCCAAAGUUCGGCAGGAUAAGCAGGGCUUACAAGACGAGCUGGCCAGCUUGAACCUUGAGAUGCACACCCUACGUCUUUCCAAGGCCGAAGCUGAAGCUGAGCGCGACGAGCUUUACAGCCAAAUUAAGACCUCGAAGCAGCACGAUGAAGAAACAUUCCGGUUUGAUCAAGAACGUAUUGACCUGCGAACCUCGAAGAUUAAGCUUGAAGCUGAAGUCCGGCGUCUCAAAGAGGAGAACAAGGCGGUUGUUUCCCAGCAAGAUUCAUUAGAAGUGGAAUUGCAACAAGAAAUCGACCGGGCCAAUUCAGAAGAAGCUCGACUAUCCACCGAGAUUCACGAUCUUGAGAAACUACUUCGGGGCUCCUCAGAGAAGAGAGAAUUGUCAACUGCUAAAAAAACCAUUCAACAACUUGAGAAACGUAUACAAGAAUUGGAGGAGCAGGUAUCAUCGGGCAAGGGCGGAGAAGAAGAUGCGACCCAUGAACUUUCUCUCAUCCGAGCCGAUCUUAAUAAGCUGCGACAACGGGAGACAGAAUUCCUUCAACGUGAGGCUACGCAAAAGGAAACAGUUCGUGGCUUGAAAUGCCAGAUAGUUGAGCUUGAACGCAAAGCUUAUGAUGCAGAACUUUCUCGUUUAGUCACAUCCUCGCCCCCAUCUUCCAUCAAUGGCUCCGCGCGAAAAUCAGAGAUCAUUGAGAUUCGUUCCCAACUGGCGUCAGCUCAUCAGUCUGUCAAGGAAAUGCGCUCACAGUUGAAAAGCGUCGAAAAGGAGAGUGCACGCAAGCUCACUUCUGCGAACAUCGAGCUCCAGGCUCAAGCUAGAGCAUGGGAAGCAGAGAAAGACGAACUUGAACGAUCCAUUGAUGAAGCGCAGCUUAAAAUUGAGGAACUUGGUGCUAAAAACAAUACUUCGGAAGCCUCAAUUGUUCUGUUACGAGGAAAGAUUGAUCGACUUGAGAAAGCUCUCCAGGCUGAGCGUGCUAAUAGUACUGGGGGUCGCACUAUGGCACUCGAGCGCCAGGAUCUUCACGAAAUGCUCAGAGAAACCCAAGUCCAAGCUGAAUCACUGGAAUUACAAGUCGAAGAGCGAGAAAAGACCAUUGCCGCAAUCUCUGCUGUGGAAGCAGAACUGCGACUCCAUCUCAAGCGUGUACGUGAUGAGCGAUCCCAACAUAAAUUCAAGGCGGCAGCCGCUCAAGCCAAUUUGGAGAGCCUGGAACGACAACUUCAGGAGAGUCAACAGAAUUGGGACAUCGAGAAGAAAUCCUUAACCAAGAGCAUCAAAUCGGGCUCUGCUAAAAAAGAACUCGAGAAGUUGCAGCGCCGUUUCGAAGAAGCCCAGAGAAUGUGGGAUGAUGAGAAGGCUGCUCUCACAAGAGGCGUUCGAUUCGUCAAUACGUCAGUGUCAACGGUCAAUAAUCAUAGCGACGAGGAUAUUGAGGCUUUGAAGAAGGAAUUUGCUGCCAAGGAACAUGUUCACGUUAAGGAAAUGCGGGGAAUGGCAUUGCAGGUUCAGUGGCUCAAAGCUCAGGCGGCGCGUGAAACGGCAUUCAGAGUUCAAGCGGCUUAUGCAAAGAGAUACAUGGGAUUGCAAAUUGAUAUGUAUCAAGCUUGGUAAGUGACCUCUGCCUCUCCCCGUCCACGCAUAUAUUAACCCAUUAACUAUAGCAACCGCGCCGAUCUACGGCUUCUGGAGUCUACGGGUGUCAAAAUUGAGCGCAAGAAGAAACCCAAAGCGUUUACUCUUCGGAUAGUCGCCCAAUUUGUUCGAGCUACCAUUCGCAUGCAGAAACAGGCCGAUGAUUGGAAGAAAAGCACUGCUAUUCGGGACCGGCUUACUGCCCAAGCUCGCAAGGAAGCCAGGGAAAGAUUAGCACUUGAGUCUAAGGAGGCUAGACAAAAGGGCGAGGAUGUUGGGGGCUUGGAAUCCCCCCCAGAUUCUGUGCAUAGAAGAAAUGCUCCUGCGCUGAGACAUACGCUUCUGCAUGGCGGUGGGGUUUGGCAGAGUAAUGGGAAGAUUGCGUAGUGUUUGGUGUGGAGCAGAUGGGGUAAUUUUUGAUAGCCCGAUUUUUUGAAAUGGGUUUCUGGCGUUUUUAGGAGGCGGGAAUGGGGCAUACCAUACCAGAUUACAGAUUGAUUGUUGGGUUUUUUGGAAGGGGUGCAUGGGAUUCAUCAUCAUUUUUUUGUUCUGGCAUUGGAUGAGCGAGGUUGAGAUUUGUUUUCCUCUUUUUCUUCCUGUUUAUUGAUUAUGACUAGGUUCUCAUCUAGUGGGAAGAAAACGGGGUUAUAAUGAUUUCUUGUGGGGGUUUUGUUGAUGAGGUUACGACAAGGCUUUGUAAUGGUUAAUACAAUACCUCUCUGCAUCCUACAACGGAAUUCUACAUGAACCUGC